UAUACCGAACCAAAUACCUGCACACUGGAUCUAUUUUUUACACCUGCAUGGAGAAAACAUAAUAUUCUAAAGUCCUUUGUCUGUGCUGGAAACGAACUGGCAUUUGGAAUGGAACUUAAUUUGUCCAAGAAUGUAAUCUCUUGCGGAGAUCCAGGUGGAAUGAAUUUGGACAGAAUCCCCGAGACCGCGAGACCCCAGCCGACGCGCGACAUGGCCUCGACCUUUCACGUGCCGAGAACUUCGAGCAGCACGCGAGAAACAUUAGAGAAUUCAAGCAGCGAAUCAUCCGAUACAGAAAUAGCAGAAAAGGAAAGGAGUGUGGAGCACCGAAGUGACGACGGAAACGCCGACGACCCGAAAAAGAAAAAGCAGAGACGGCAGCGCACCCACUUCACCAGCCAGCAGCUGCAGGAGCUGGAGGCCACCUUCCAGCGCAACCGCUACCCCGACAUGAGCACGAGGGAGGAGAUAGCGGUGUGGACCAACCUCACCGAGGCCAGAGUGCGGGUGUGGUUUAAAAAUCGCAGGGCCAAAUGGAGGAAGCGCGAGCGCAAUCAGCAGAUGGACUUGUGCAAGAACAGCUACCUGCCCCAGUUCAGCGGCCUGAUGCAGCCGUACGAGGACAUGUACCCGGCCUACACGUACAACAACUGGACCAACAAGGGCCUGACGCCGGCCCCGCUGUCGACCAAGAACUUUACUUUCUUCAACUCGAUGAGCCCGCUCACGUCCCAGUCCAUGUUCUCAGCCCCGAGCUCCAUCUCCUCAAUGAGCAUGGCGUCCGGCAUGGGACACGGCGCCGUGCCGGGCAUGCCCGCUUCCGGGUUGAACAACAUCAGUAACCUGAACGGUAUUAGCAGCUCGUCCAUCAACUCGGCCAUGUCUCCGUCCACUUGUCCCUACGGGCCUCCGGGCGGCCCUUACAGUGUGUACAGAGACACUUGUAAUUCAAGCCUGGCGACCCUCAGACUGAAAUCUAAGCAGCACCCGACGUUUGGAUACAGUGGGCUGCAAAGCCCUGGCUCCAGCUUAAACGCCUGUCAGUACAACAGUUGA